UAUGCAAAAUAAGGAUGGCUUAUUCUUUUAGAGUCAACUCUAUAUAACCAGGUAGUGUGAGCCUAUAAGUUUGAUUGAAUAUGUGAUUGAUGAUGUCUAGCCAAAAUAACAGAUGAAUCAAAAAAUACCAUUAGGCCUUUAGGUUUCAGAUCGAUAAUAAAAAAUGAACAUUCCUAAGGAAAAGAGUAUAGAAUUGCUGAAAUAAUCUAGAUAGUCAAUCCAUCCAAAUCUAAUGUGGCUCAUCAUACUUAUUAAAGGAGUAAUUGCAAAUAAUAACCUACUUCUAAAGGCAAAAAUUGGAUUAUAAAGAAAUUAAAAGAAGAUAAGUAAACUUAGUAAGUAGUCACUUGUUUGCCUAAUUUGCCUAAACCCAUCUAAAAUCAAGGGAAAUUAUUUUCUAAUACAGCUUCUAAAUAGGUUAAAUAGAGAUUGAACAAAUUCAUAGUUGAUUAGAAAAAGAACCAAUUCCUCUAACAAAACGACAUUUUAUUAGGACAAUAUUUUUCUUAAUAUCGUUUAAGUAAUACUAUUAUAAAAAGUAUAAAGAUAGAUUCAAAUCAGAAUCUCCGAAACAAUUGCCAAUUUACGAUGUUAAUUUUGUUCAGAACUUUUAAUAAUUUUUCUUUUGA